CAAGUCAGACAGUCAAGAUGCUGUCGCCACUUCGGUUUACAAUAUAUUUGUUAUUGUUCGUCGCUCCUGAGAUAUUUUCAUCCAGUCUACACCUUCAUCGAGACCAGCAGUUUUUGCUACCGCAGGACAAGGGGUUUUCUUUUGUGAAUGCAAAUGCAUUUAUCCAUGGAAUAAGCACCUCGGGGAAGCGACGGGCUGCGCGUAACGUUGGUACGAGUGAAGAUAGGCUAUCUUCGGGCAUGUAUCAGCAUCGCAAUCCGCGGAGUGCAGUCGAACCACCCGUGCCAAAGGUGUAUGGACAGGCCAACCUGAAUGAUUCCCACAACCAGAUGGUGGUGCACUGGGCCGGGGAGAAGAGCAAUGUAAUUGUGGCGUUGGCCAGAGACAGCGUUGGAGCCACUGGUCCUAAGACCAGCUCUGUGUAUGUGUCCUAUGACUAUGGCAAAAGCUUCACCGCCAUCUCUGACAAGUUUCAGCUAAGUGGGGAGAAGGUGAAAGCGGGAAGUAAGCCAGUCAUCUCCCAGUUCUACCAUAGCCCAGCUGACAAUAAGAAGUACCUCUUUGCAGACAACACCAACAGCUACCUCUGGAAUUCCUUUGACUUCUGCAAGACCAUUCAAGGAUUCUCUAUUGCCUUCAAGCCCACUGAUCUGCUGCUGCACAGCAAGAGAGCCAACCUAGUCCUGGGCUAUGACGGUUCCCACCCCAACAAACAGCUAUGGAAAUCGGACGAUUUUGGUGAGACAUGGGUGUUGAUCCAAGAGCAUGUGAAGGCCUAUUUCUGGGGUGUGGAGCCCUAUGACUCCCCCACAACAGUGCUGGUCCAGAGGCAGGAGCCACAAGGGGUCUCUAGCAUCCUCAGCAGCACCGACUUCUUCCAGAGUGAGGAGAACCGCAGAGUCAUCCUGGAACGAGUGGACAACUUCCAGCUUCGGGAAAAGUACAUGUUUGCCACAACUUCCAGAACAUUGUUGGGGAGCCAAAAACCCACUGUCCAGCUGUGGGUCUCUUACAACCGCCAGCCAAUGAAAGCUGCUCAGUUCAUGACCCGCCACCCAAUCACAGAAUACUACAUUGCAGAUGCUUCAGAGGACCAGGUGUUUGUGUGUGUGAACCAUGUGAACAACGUCACCCAUUUAUACAUCUCAGACACCCAGGGCCUAGCCUUCUCCCUGUCCCUGGAGAACAUCCUUUACUACAGCCCAGAAGGCUCGGGUAGCAACACCCUCAUCAGGUAUUUUGCCAACGAGCCAUUUGCUGAUCUGCAUCGCGUGGAUGGUCUGCGCGGGGUCUUCGUGGCCACACUCAUCAACGGCUCACUCAGCGAGGACAACAUGCGCUCCGUCAUCACCUUUGACAAGGGGGGCACCUGGGAACUGCUGCCGGCCCCCUCCACUGAUAGCCUAGGAGGAACACUGAACUGCCAGUUCUCUAAGGGCUGCUCCCUCCACCUGGCCCAGCGCUGGAGCCAGCUGCUCAACAUUCAGCUGCGCAGGAUGCCCAUACUGUCCAGGGAGUCAGCCCCGGGACUCAUCAUGGCCACAGGUUCGGUGGGUGGAAACCUAGCCAACAAGCCCAAUGUGUACGUGUCCAGCAGUGCUGGGGCCAGAUGGAGAGAGGCGCUGGCCGGUCCUCACUUCUACACGUGGGGUGAUCAUGGAGGCAUCCUCAUGGCCAUCCCCCAGGGAGGCUCCACCACACAUCUAAAGUUCAGUACCAACGAGGGGGAGACGUGGACAGACAUCCGCUUCUCCGAUAGGGAGGUGUACGUCUACCAGCUGCUGACGGAGCCGGGGGAAAAGAGCACCAUCUUCACUGUUUUUGGCUCCUAUGCUGACCAAAGACACAGCUGGUUAAUCCUUCAGGUCAACACCAGUGAUGUGCUUGGCGUGCCAUGCUCAGAGGGAGACUACAAGCGCUGGUCACCAUCAGACGAGCGUGGCAACAACUGUCUGCUGGGCCGGGAGAUGGUGUACAAGCGCCGUACGCCGCACGCCACCUGCUUCAACGGCGAAGACUUUGACCGCCCCGUCUCCGUGUCCAACUGCUCCUGCACGCGACAGGACUACGAGUGUGACUAUGGCUUCAAGCUGAGCGAGGACCUGUCCCUCCAAGUGUGCCUGCCAGACCCUGAGUUUUCUGGGAACCUCUAUGCCCCUCCUGUGCCUUGUCCAGUUGGCACUACCUACCGUCGCAGCAAAGGAUACAGAAAGGUGUCUGGGGACAGCUGUAAUGGAGGGGAUGUAGAGGCAAGGCUGGAUGGUGAGAUGCUGCCCUGUCCUGUUGGAGAAAGUAAUGAGUUCAUCCUCUAUGCUGUGAGGAAUUCCAUUCACCGCUAUGACCUGGCCACAGGGAGUGACCAAGCCCUGCCUCUCUCUGGCCUCCGUGAGGCUGUGGCCCUGGACUUUGACUAUGAGAGGAACUGUCUGUACUGGGCUGAUAUAUCACUGGACACCAUACAGAGGCUGUGUCUGAAUGGCAGUACGGGACAGGAAGUGAUUGUGAGGAAGGACCUGCAGAAUGUGGAGGCCCUUACCUUUGACCCCAUCAGCAGGCUACUUUACUGGGUGGACGCGGGUGCACAGAAGAUUGAGGUGUCUAACCCCGAUGGGGAUCUGCGUCACACUCUGCUCAACUCCUCUGUGCUUGAGCAUCCCAGAGCCAUGGUCCUGAUGCCAGGAGACAGCCUGAUGUUCUGGACGGACUGGGGUGACCGUGCUGCCGGUGUCUACCGCAGCUACAUGGACGGCUCCAAUGUGUCAUGUAUCGUGUCGGAGAGCGUCCGCUGGCCCAAUGGCAUCACGGCCGAUGACCACUGGCUCUACUGGACCGAGGCCUAUGGAGAUCGCAUCGAGCGUGCCGACUUUACUGGCGGUCAGCGCAGCGUGGUCAUGGAGGGCCUGCCCCACCCCUAUGCCAUUGCUGUUUUCAAGAACGACCUGUACUGGGAUGACUGGUCAAGAAUGGGCAUCUUCAAGGCUCCCAAAGCAGGCUCCCAGGACAAUGAGCUAAUAGUGGGCAGAUUGACCGGGGUCAUGGACCUCAAAAUAUUCUACAAGGGCAAGGCCAGAGGCCACAAUGCCUGUGCCGACCAGCCCUGCAGCCUGCUGUGUCUCCCCCAGCCUGGGCAUCGCCACACCUGUGUGUGCCCUGACGGAGCACCGACCACCACCCUACCCAACGGGGAGCUCCAGUGCCAAUGUCCCACUGGCUUUCAGCUUCAUAACAACACCUGUGUCAAGAUUGAACACGUGUGCCUGCCCAACCAGUACCAGUGCUCCAAUGGCAAAUGCAUCAGCAGCAUCUGGAAGUGUGACAGCGACAACGACUGUGGUGACAUGAGCGACGAGCUGGAGUGCCCCACCACUUCUUGUGACCCGUCCAUCCAGUUCCGCUGUGUCGCGUCCGGCUCCUGCAUCCCGCUGGCCUUCAAGUGUGACCACGAGGAUGACUGCGGGGACAACAGUGACGAGGAACACUGUGAGAGUCACCAGUGUGGACCGGGGGAGUUCACCUGUGCGCGAGGCGUGUGUAUCCGUGACGCCUGGCGAUGCGACGGAGACAACGACUGCCGGGACUGGUCUGAUGAAACCAACUGUACCGUGGGUCACCAUACCUGCGAGACCAGUAGUUUCCAGUGUCUCACCGGCCACUGUAUCCCCCAGCGUUGGGUGUGUGACGGUGAUGACGACUGUCAGGACAGCUCUGACGAGGAGCAAGCACAUUGCGAGGGGGAUCGCUGUAACGGUUUCCUGUGUUCCAACGGCACCUGCCUGCCCUCUAGCGCCCACUGCAAUGGAGUGCAUGAUUGCCCAGGGGGUGCCGAUGAGCAGCACUGUGAUCCCCUGUGUACCCGCUAUAUGGAGUUUGUAUGUCGGAACCGAGCCCAGUGCUUGUUCCAGUCUCUAGUGUGUGAUGGGACCAAACAUUGUGAAGAUGGAUCUGAUGAGGACGCAACCUACGCUGGCUGCUCCACUCACCCUGAAUUUGAGAAGACGUGCGAUGCCUACAACUUCCAGUGUGCCAAUGGUGUGUGUGUGAGCUUGGGGUGGAAGUGCGAUGGCAUGAACGACUGCGGAGACUACUCUGACGAAGCCAACUGCGGCUCCUCCACUGACGCGCCAGGCUGCACGCGGGACUUCCAGUAUGAGUGUCGUAACGGGCGUUGCGUGCCCACCUGGUGGAAGUGUGACGGAGAGAACGACUGUGGGGACUGGUCUGACGAGACUCAGUGCACUGGAGGGGUCACGCCCUUCACCACUGCCCCAGGUCCAACUUCCUGCGCCCCAAACCGCUUCCACUGUGGAUCGGGAGCCUGUAUAGUCAAUUCCUGGGUGUGUGACGGCUACUCUGACUGUCCCGAUGGCAGUGAUGAACUGGGCUGUCCCACAGCGUCCAACAGCACGACAACCCUGGCCCAACUGUCCACCCCCGUCUCUCCUCUCCCCCCCGGCCACUGUAACAGGGGCCAGUUCCUCUGUCGGAAGCCCCCCAUCUGCAUCCCUGACUGGCAGCGCUGCGAUGGCCACCCACACUGCCAGGACGGCUCGGACGAAUCUCUCUGUCCUACACAAGGGCCUUUGACUUGUGUGAACGGCACGCUUUGCGCUGAUAGGGAGGCCUGUGUGCUGGAAAGUGAGAAAUGUGACGGUUUCACAGACUGCUUUGACCACAGUGAUGAGGACAACUGCACCAGUGACUCUAUGGUCUACAAGAUCCAAAACCUUCAGUGGACAGCAGAUUUCUCUGGCGCCAUCACCCUGACCUGGUCCAGACCCAAGAACCUUCCCCCGGCCUCCUGCUACUUCCUCAUCUACUAUAGGCCAGUGGGCACCCAGCAGUGGACGUCCAUGGACACACACAGCAACAAGAGCAGCUCCACGUUGACUGUGCUGAAGCCUGACACCACCUACCAGGUCAAGGUGCUGACGCAAUGUCUCAGCAAGCUGCACAAGACGAAUGAGGUUCUGACCCUACGAACGCCUGAGGGAUUGCCCGAUCCCCCCAGAAACCUACAACUGUCAUGUGACAACGGAGAGGACGGCACGGUGGAGGCUUCAUGGAACAGUCCGGACAAAGCCCAUGGCCUGAUACGAGAGUACAUUGUGGAGUACAGUGAGAAAGGUGUCGAGUGGUUCUCUCAGAGAAGCCCCGGCAACAGUGCGGAAGUCAAGAACCUCCAGCCUAGCACUCUGUACAAGUUUAGGGUGGCGGCAGUCACCAGUCGAGGUGUGGGGAACUGGACUGAGGUGAAAACUAUCACCCCUAAAAAAGCUCUGCCUCCUCCGUCUGUUAUCACCGAUAGCAUCACAGAAGACUCCAUGAGCUUGUCUUUCAGCUUUAAUUCCCCAAACACGGUCAAGCAAUAUAUGGUGGUGCUGUCCUGGGUGUUUGACGCUCACGUGAAGGAGAGCAAGAACUACACUGUGAAUGGCAGUGUAUUGAAAGUUAUGAACCUUACCAUGGGGACCGUCUACGAGGUGGCUGUGUGGGCACACACCAGUGUAGGGGACAGCCCCACGGCCCUGUCCCGCCAGCAGACUAAAGGCACCCAGCCAGAACCUCCUCUCCUCAAAGCCCGGGCCCUCAACCAGACCUCUGUAGACUGCAGCUGGACUGUCACCGGCCCCCCCGCCAAGGUGUAUGGUAUCUUCUUCGCCACCUCCUUCCUGGACCUGUACCGCAGCCCUCAUUCUGUGGAUACCACCGCUAGUAGCAGGAUCGUCACUGUGGACAGUGAUGAGCAGUACCUGUUUCUUGUACGGGCCAUCUCUCCCUACCUGGGCCCUCCUUCGGAGUAUGUAGUGGUGAAGAUGAUUCCCAACGAGCGGCUGCCUCCUCGUAAUCUUCACAAGGUGCGCGUGGAGAAGACCCAGGCUACGUUGAAGUGGCAGCCUCCCUACGAUUACCCCGGCGCUCCUCUGACCUAUGCAGUGCACGUGAAGGAUGUGGUGCGUAAGACGGAGAGCAGCUACAAGCUGAGCACCCAGAACAACACGGUGGAGUACUGCCUCAGAGGUCUGGAGCCUGGUGGACGUUACAGCAUCAGCGUUCGCCUGCGCAACAUGAGCAAGGAGGCCAGCUACACUCUCAACACAUUGCCCCUGCCUGCACCUGAAGCUCUGAAGAUCUUGACAGAGAAAGACCAUGUGUUCCUUUUCUGGAAGAGUUUGGCCGUGAAGGAGAGGAGCUUCAAUGAGAGCCGGGGCUAUGAGGUGCACGUGUACGACAGCCUGUCCAACUCCACUGUACUCCUGGGCAACACCACAGAGACCUUCUUCCGGAUCAGCAGUCUGCGGGCGGGCCACAACUACACCUUCUCCGUCCAGGCCCGCUGCCUGCUGAACGGACAGCUGUGUGGCGAGCCCGCCCUGCUCCUGUACGACACGCUGGGACAAGCCUCCAGUGACGCAGCUCAGAGCUCGGGCCAGCCGGGGGACAUGGCGGCGGUGGUGGUGCCGGUGUUGUUCCUUCUGCUGUUGGGGCUGUGUGGAGGCCUGGUGGUGCUGUACCUCAGGCACCGCCGCCUGCAGAACAACUUCACAGCCUUCGCCAACAGCCACUACAACUCCCGCCUGGGCUCGGCCAUCUUCUCCUCAGGGGACGAGCUCGGUGACGAUGAUGAAGAUGCCCCCAUGAUCAGCGGGUUCUCAGACGACGUUCCCAUGGUGAUUGCGUAACUGGACUUUCAUCUCUUUGUCCCUCUCACCCUUUCUCCCCCGCCUUUCCCACCCCGCCAACAGUGCGCCAGUGCCCAUGUAAUACGACUAAAGGUCAGAGGUCAGGAAAGGUGCGGCAACAACCAACCCCCUCCGAGGAAAACAGUCUAUUAGGAUUCAGGUUCAAAGGAAGAAAAGUGAUACGCAAAGAAAUACAUAUUUUUUAAAACAAGAAUACGAUGCACUUUUUUUUGGAUGCGCAAUAACUUAUUUUUUUAUAUGAUAUAUAUAUAUAUAUAUAUAUGUAUGUAUAGAUAUAUAUAUCUAUAUAUAUAUAUAUGGGUCAAAGGACAUUGUUGGGCGAGAAUUGACGUAAACUGUGAAGGAUUAUGAGUUUGUCAGGUAAGUCGCGUGUUUGUCGCUCUGUGAAAAGACCCUUUUGAACUACAAACUUACUCCAUAAAGAGCAGUUCAUUGCUUGAAGCCAAAAUAAGCACCUAGCAACUGGAACAUCCAGUAGAAUAAAGAGAAACAAAAACUAUAGUGUAUAUGUACCGUUGAAAAAGAUUUGACCAAUAAAUGUUUCAUAAUGGAAGUCAGGAACACAAGCUUUUAGCACCGCUCAAAUUAACACAGGAACAAGACGUUGUGGUGGAUCUAUAUAUAUGUGAUUUGUGUCACUUUAAAGAGUAUACCAUUUGCCCGUGGUACAUUGUUUACAGUGUCUGUACUUAAAUCAAAGUGAAUAUGUGGCUUUCUGUUAGAAUGAGCUAAUUUGAAUCCGUCAAUGUUUUUUUUUUUUUUUUAAGACCUGUCAAUUGGUGUGAUCACAUCUGUGGUCGUCUUUGUAACCAACCAAUGAGUAGUGAUUAGAUGAAAUGAAUGACCUCGUGCUUGUCUUGCCGAUAACAUUUUCUUUAAACACCAGCACCGAAGUAAGUGGCUGUAGUCAACACAGAAUGCAGUAACAAUAGUUCUGAAGAGUUUAUCACAUUUGGCCUGUUAUUAACUUCACCUGAUCCAUCUGUUUAGUUUUCACAAUGCCACAUCAGUAAUACUGUGGGUGGUUCUAAAAGAAAACGUUGUGAUUUAGAUGGUUUUAUCAGGACCGUCACAGUGUAAAUAUUGUUAUUGAAUUAUAAUGCCUGAUCUGCUGCAUUUAGUUUGCAGUGUUUGGAAAGUUUGUCUCUGAUGUUCUCAGGGAACUGGGUUUUUGUCAGGUCUGACACUGGCGUGGUACCAUCGUCCAAGUCUUUAGCCAACAUUCCAUCAUUUUUUGGUUAUUUGUUUGGUUGUUGUUAAAAAGAUAAUCUUUAUAAGGCAUUAUUGAAACCACUUUUGCUUGCUGGGAUAGUGGUACUAUUGUUUUAGGUCACAAAAUGGGGGACUCUGUGUAGCUCUCUCUAUCUUUCAUACUGUUCAGCCAAAAGCUUCAUGUUGUUAAGCUGUGCCAAUCUUAAAGCUAGAAUCCUUAAUUCAAGCAAUAAAUGUUUUUUUCAGCCCUUGUUUUGCUAAAAAGAUAAUGGAGGUACCUAGAGAGAUGUAGCCGCUAACAAUUCCACGGGUGCGAAGACGUGAUAUCAAAUCAGAUAGUUAUAAGCAUAUAUUGAGGCUAUGCAGCGUUUUUUUAUAUUUAAAUUGCUGAUAAACACUGUAACACAAGCUUAUAUUUUGGUUUCUGAUGGGGUACAAAGGUGCAACUAAUCCUAUAAGACAUUAUUCAAGAAUGAAUGGGUAUAUAUCAGUAAUUCAUAGAUUUGAAAAGUGGAUUCUAGCUUUAAGAAGAGGAAUACCUUUCUUUUUUUCUCUUCCCUCUCCCUAUGCUUUAGUCAAGAACUGAGAACUGUAUUUUUUGUCAAUGCUAAAGAGCCAUUUAAAUUGAUGUGAGAUGAUAUGCUUUUAUUCAUUUGUGUUUGUUUGUGAAAUUGUUCAUGAAUGUAUUUUAUAUCUGUGAUUUUAUGACUUUGAGUCGAUGAGGAAACCUUACUUCCUCUGUCUCUCCCACCCUUUGUGUGAAAUGGAUACACUCAUAGGGUGCUCAUUUUGUAAAGCCAAGACAUCUGCUUUGAAUGGUUAAGCCCUAUUCUCUUAGGAUAGGUACCUGGAAAUUCCCUGUCAUGACAGUCCCCCCCCCCCGCCACAACCACAUCCACCUGGGGGUUGUGAUGUCAUAGCAGUCCUUCAUUGCGCUCUCUGCCCCCGGUCAUGCUGGUGAUACUUUCAGUACUUGCUUUUGUAUUAUCUUCCAUUAGGUACUUUCUAAUUUAUUUUCUAGGCCUUAAAAUAGUGCUGUUAAGAUAAUGAUGGUUUCGAUACUGUACAUUUUCUGUGGACUUCUGUUGCUUCUUCAAUUAGCCACAUAUGCCUUAUUAGAACACAUUGAGUUUGUAUGUAUGUACUAUAUUUAUGACAACACAAUUGCAUGCACACACAAACUGUACACACACACACACAAGACCCUUACACUAGCCUGCAGAGACUAAAGAGAGUUGUGUAUUUAAUAGAGACAGAGAAGUAAAAGUUGUUUGUUAUAUUAUCAGGAGACUGCCCCUGUUUGAAUUUGUUGUUUUACAUUUUAAAUGGGGAAAUAUCGAAAGCCACCUGGUGAUUGUUCUUUUAGUCCACGUUUUACAGUUGUACAAAACACAAUUAUUUGUUACCCAACCCUGGUUGUCCAGAUGUUAAUUUUGUUUCUGUAAAAUAGUAUGAUUAAAGUAUUUGCACAGAUUUUGGACACCGCCAUAUUUUAAGAUGUUGAUCUUGCUUGCUUAUUGGGGGUUUAAAGGAAAUGAGAUAUGAGGUACAAUUUCAAAUGUUUUACAGACCACUGAAAUAAACUUACUUAAAAUGUG